ACCCGCCUUCCAUAGCUAUACGUUCCUUUCACACGCACGGGCACGCCACCUCGCCUCCUCCGCCGCUAGCGAUCGUCUGCUUCCUCGCCGGCGGGGACAAGCAACGCAACCAUGAAGCUUGGUCCGGCCGUUGUGUGCCUUCUCCUCGUCGUGCUUCUCUUCGAUGCCGCUCGCGUGGAGGCUCGAGGCACGCCGUCCGCCAAGGAGUCAUCAAAGAACCAGUGGACCAGCAUGUUCGUCUUCGGCGACGACUUUGCCGACAACGGCAACCUCCCCAAGCUGCCGGGUGGUCAGCCCCAGUCUGAUCUCUCCCGUCAGUGGAGCUACCCCUACGGCUCUUAUAUCAACUCUCGUGGCUCCGCGGCUGCCGUUCCAACCGGACGCUUCUCCAACAACCGGAUUCAGUCAGACUUUAUCGCAAGGAUCUUGGGCUUCAAUGCAGCCCCUCCGGCAUACAUGCACACACUAGAUCAGUCUUGUGAUCCAACCGGCAUGACUUUCGCUUCCGGUGGCGCCGGCGUGUUCCAGAAGAAGGUGCCAACUCUUGCCGCACAGGUUAAGUCUUUCACGAGGCUCAUCAACAGCGGAAUCAUCUCAAAAGACCAGCUUCGCCACUCCGUCGCGCUUGUCGCCAUCUCCGGCAACGAUUACAUGAGCGGCGCCGACGUCAAGAACUCCUUCUUGAGUAGCUUCGACGACAUCGACACUUACAUUGGGAACGUGACGACAGAGAUUGUGAAGAACGUGGUGCAGCUACAAAAGCUUGGUGUGAAAAAGGUGCUAGUCAACAACAUGCAUCCCAUUGGUUGCACGCCUAUGAGGACUAGUACGAACAACUACACUACAUGUGACCUUCUCGCCAACUACGCCGCGUCCGUGCAUAACAAAAAUCUAAAGCAGUUGAUGGGCAAAAAGAAUAACGCCUACAUGCUGGACCUCUACACCGCCUUCACCGACAUCAUCAAUCAUGCCCCAGGUGAAGGGUCGGAUCAGUCCAACAUGUUCAACAACAACCUGGCCCCAUGUUGCGAGGGUUUCUAUGAUACAGGGUUCUGUGGACAGCAGGAUGAUACAGGGGAGCCCCUCUACGAAUUAUGCGAAAAUCCCAACCAGCUCUUCUACUGGGACGAGGUGCAUCCGACACAUGCUGGGUGGAAAGCCGUGAUGAAGGCGCUAGAACAACCUUUGAAGGAGUUCCUAGAUCGGGCCUAUGUUCCAUGAUGCCUUGUAGUUUGAAGACAUUCUAGAUUGAUUGCUAGCUAGUUGGUGCAAUUUCUUAUAGGUUAGCUCUACACAUAGUAUGCGUAUUUGGGAAGAAGCUUGCGAGUUUUUCUUUCACUGCCUAACUUUUAGUUUAGUACUAGUACUGUUUAUAUAUGAAACAUGAACCGGCUAAUGAUUUAUUCCUGUUAGAAAAUUGGUCGUGUAUGUACUUGAGCUCGUGGAUAAUUACAUGAAAUGAGAAGAACGGAACAGCACUACUUGGA